GUUAUCUUGUCAUUGACUUCAAUCUUUAACCAGCUAAUGUUACGCUCCCCGGUCUCUUACGCCAUCGUCCGCAAAAAAAAAAAAAAAUGUUCGUGUUCACCUUUUUGCGCACUCCGCUGAAUAGGAGGGCCAGCUCUCGGUGUACGUACUAUUGCUAAGAUACAGAGCAAUACAGUGUAGUUGAAGUAUAUUGUUAAAUAGCUUGUUUUUUGCAAGUUCAGUCCGAGAAAAGUAUAAUUAACACUCGCAUAAAUGUUGUUUGAGGAUAAAUUGAUCACACAAGCAAACAAGAAGACUACGGCGUCCUAUAAAUUUGAUGAUGGACCGAGCUGUUCUACAAAAUGUUUCCUAUCCCCGACAUUACUCCGUCGAAGGAAGGAAGGUGCUGGUCAUUGGCUUGUAGCUUACAGAAAGGCAGAGGAGCAGAAAUAUAGAAAUGUCCACAGGAGAAUAAAAGAAACUUAUAAAAGCAAACACAGGGUGACUGAUUCUCCUCUUGGUAAUAUAUUAGAUGGACCCUUCCUGCUCCGGUUACAUUGCGUUGAUAAACCAUCUGAGCUCUCCUCCAUUGACAUCAGUGAGCAGAAAUUGAAUUCUGUCAAGUCAGAAGACCUCACGAUGUUUGACAAUGUAGCUUACAUUGAUGCAUCCAUUAACUCCCUCUCUUUAGCUUCUUUCAGCUGUUUUGGGUUUUUAAGAGAACUCAACCUGUCCUUAAAUGGUAUUUGCAACUUGAUAUUUCAUGCUGCUGACUUCCCUCAUCUGGAGGUUUUGAAUUUGUCUUACAACCGUUUGUCAACUGAUGAUAUUGUUUCCAUUGGUCGGCUUCCACAUUUAAAAGUCCUUCAUCUGACUGGAAAUCAGCUUCAUCGUCUUCCUCCUAAUCUGGGUUUGUCCACCCAUGACCCUGUCCAACUGCCUUCUAAAGGAGAAGACACUCAGUUUAGAGCUCUCGAAGUCCUGAUGCUUGAUAAUAACAGACUGUCCUCUGGAGUCUUCAUCAGUCUAACAAACCUUAAGAGGCUAAAGUACUUAAACCUACAGGGCAACCGCAUUUCUGAAAUACCGUAUUUGGGACUGACGCACUGUUCAAACCCUGCACAGACUUCUAAGGAAGAGCAAGCUGGAGAAGAGGGACUUGCCUACACUGAGCCGCAUCCUAACACCAAUGAAAAUUUGAAGAGGAUCUCAAAAGAAAACUGGAAGGAGCAGUGCAUAGGAUCUAGUUUGCCAUUGCCAGAGCUUCAGUUCCUCAAUUUAGCUGACAACAAGAUUGCAGAAGAAGAAGCACUGAUGGCUGCCGCCCUUUUCCAAAUGCUCCAUGAAAUUGAUAUUCACUCCAACCCACUGACUACACAGAGAAGUGGAGACCCUCCUUUACUGACCUAUUACCUCCAAGAGAGACUGGGGAUAACGAUAAAGCGUAAGAAGACACAAGAUAUCAUGAAGCUCCCACUGAAGGUGGCCACUGAUCCAAAGUGGAAGCUGGAAGAAACAAACUCAAAUGUGUCAAAGAAGCCAUUUUUGUUGAUGAAUGCAUCUUGCCCUGCACAAAGUCAAGCGGAGGCAGCUGUCAAGGGAAAGAAUAGUAGAGAUGACACCUUUCAAGAAAAUACAGAGCACUUCUUUGUUACUCAGGCAAAAGAUGUUUCUGAAUAUGUGUUUGAGCAUCAGGCUGAUGAGAAAGAAACUACAGAGAGCGAGGAAGCAAACGAAGAAGCCAGCAUUCGUGAAAAAUUUGACUGUUACAAAAUGUUGAUGGAUGCAAAACUAGAUCCUGAUGUGGUGGAGCCCAUUGGAAUUCAAACAGCUGUUCGGAUGCUGGAACACACACUGAAGAAUCUUAAUGUUUAUAGAGACUCGAAACCAAAGCUUGAUAGCAUCCAGACACCGUACAGAGAAAGAGAGAAAAGGAUUAAGGAACUUCCACCUUUAAAACCAAUAAAGCAGCCAACUGAAAGGGUUGAUGAAAUGAUCAAGGAAAUCAGAGCGAGUACAACUAUAAGAGAAGUGGCCUUAAGCAGCGUCAUACAUGGCACGGGUGUUGACAAGCAAGAACAUAAGGAAGCUCUGUCACUGCUGAGGGACAUGAAGACCAAGUACAAGAUGGUCUAUAAGAAAACAAUGGAACAAGCAGCUAGCACAGAGUCUGAUGGAAACACCAACCUAAACCAUGUUUGAUGAUACUGGCAUACAGUUGCUUUCUCAGAACAGUUUCACCGUUUCCUCUGGCCCAAACUGUUCCCAUAAGAACACCCUUGAACAUCCCAGCAUGAAAUUACUAGUGAUAUCUUUCAUUCCAGUAUAGGCCAACAGACUGUGGUAAUCAGUGAAGAAGAUGUCAGUUCCAACACCAAUCGUCUAAGGCUCCACUCUGCUGAAGCGGACACUGAAGCAAUGCUGCUUUAUAGGUGACUCUGUGCUUGUUUUUCAUUUCCUAACCAAUGGACAAAAACCAAUGGAAGUGUGUCAAUUAAUAAAAUAUCACAUUAAAGUCCACAGUGAGCCAUGUGGUAACUUAAAGUAUAAUUCAUUUUAGGGGCAAAAUAGGAACUUUGCAUUAUUGUCAACCUUGUCAAUAAAUGUUACACUGCUACUCACGUUCAGAAGUGGUACAGUAGAAGCUGUAGCCUAUAGACUUCUGGCUAUGUUACUGUUACUAUCGAUCUCAUAACUUUCAUGGUGUUUUUUCAGCCCAGUGUGUCUGCUUUCACAGGUUUCAGAAACAAUAAUGCCACUGUAUGAAUUGAGUAUAUUUAUUUAGUGUAUUUAGUGGAACAGUUGCACUUAAAUAGGAUUUGCAGUUCACAUCCCUAAACACAUAAAGGAUAAUUUCUUAUUACACUCAUGAAUAAAAUACUGAGCUCACAUACUGGGCACAGGCCUAAUGGUCCCACGGGUUGAGGGGCGCCCUUGAGAUCAGACAACCGUCAAGUAAGUGUUAACCUUUCUGUUGGAAAGUCAAUCAAAUGAGUACAAAAUGAUUACAAAAAGCCACAAAUUGAGACAAAAAAGAGGUGCAAAGCAACUACAAAGGGAUACAAACCCAUUAACAACACAGAAAGUGACCAAAGGCAGCAAAAGGACUUACAAGAUGUAAAAUUGACACAAAAUGGAUAAAAACAGAUGCAAAACAACCACAAGAAGAUAAAGUGACUACGACUCAAACUCAUGUGGUUUCUCUUGGUCCUAGAAGGGCCGGAGGGGUGGGGGCUUUUCAUGUAUGUGCCCUGGGGCCCAUUGUCUCAUAAUCCUUCCAUAAUUACCCCAGAAGUUGAUAAAUCAUAUGUGGCAUUCCUUAAUCUUAAAAUUUCUAUUUAAUUUUUUUUGCUGUUCAUUUCCUGUUUAAUGUCAUUGCCCUGUCCUUCACAUGAUUUCAAAUCUUUUUCAUCAGAGCAGAUGUGGAAUGUGUGUUCACCCCAGGUAGAAUAAAUCAACAGGUUCUCUGAAGGUAUUUCAUGCAGGGAUUCUACAGUAUUACACGCAGCUUGUGUAUGUUCUCUAUAUAUUUAAUGGUAAACUGCGCUGUGUAUACAGUGCUUCUGCAAGCAGAUGUUCAUUUUCAUUUUAUUUGAUUUUAAAUUUUCAUUGAAACUUACGUUGACUUAUUAUUGUUGCUAUUAAUAAUAAUACUAACUAUCAAAACCAAUAAGCAAAAUAUUUGUUUAGAGUUUGUGCAACAACCAGCCAAAAUUAAACGACUGGCUAUUUUGUGACUGACACAAACAUUUGUUAUGCUCCAAUUUGAAAAUCUGACAGUGAAAGACCUAAAUGGCUUGGUUACCACAAUACGUCAGCAAAGGUGAUAAUAUGUUUUGAGAUACAAAAGACCUCAAAUAUUCAAAAUUUCCAGGUACAGCAACAUGUAUUUUGCAUAUAUGAGUGGCUUAAUUUACCAUUAAAAAGUGUAAAGGGUGUAUUUGCUUUAAUUUCAGGUAACAAAAACAAUCAGACAUUUCCAGUAAAUAGACCAGCACUUGGUAUAUUUGAUGGUAAUGAGGACACUGAGCUACAGUAAUAUUAUUUUCCCAUCCACUGGAGCUCAGCUCUACUCGGCCACGCUGGUGUUAGAUAUCCCACAGUACUGGAAAACACAGCUGCUAAAAAGCUCUGAUGUUCAGCGUGAUUGAAUUAUAUCAGAAUUGUUUUAAAGUGUGUUGCUGAUUUUCACUGCUCUGUCCAGGCUCCAGUAUAACUCAGCUAAAGACUUUCUGAGGGUUUGUUGUUCCUUUCGGUAAAAUGAUGGAGUUUGUUCUACAGCCAGUAAGACCUGGCAUGAAUUUACUGUUGCCUGACAAGAAAGCUGUUAUAAUGCAAUCUUGAAAUGAUAAUGAUUAGUACUUCAAGCAUCUCUGGUUGCAUAUGUGUAAUGUUUUCCUCCUGGAAUUCUUUGAUAUAAAAGAAAAUGGACAUGCAUUAUUGUGCAAGAUGUUGUAAUACAUGUUAGCCUUCUAGUUUGGGGCAAUGAUUAAGUCACAGUUUUUGCUGUUAUAUUCCAGGCAGACAGACCUCAGUAUAGACUCGUCAGAAACACUUAUACUAUCCACAUAUUAAAUGUUCACAAGAUGGUGAUGAAAAAUAAGAACAUGCAUUAAGAAAAUUGCUUUUCAGCUUCUGUCACCAUUAUGUGUGUGUGUGUUUGUUCCAACCCAUUAAAACUUG